GGCGGGCGAUUACCAAUCCAGCGCCAGAGUGGGAAGGCAGGCCGAUCGCCUGGUCAGGUGCACGCCAAGCCAGAAAAUGUGGGGCGUUAGGGCUUUGUGCCAGUUGCCCACCUGCCAACCCGUGAUUGGCUUGACAGGUGAAGUGUGCACUGGCCUCCACUGCCGCAACGGGAGGGGACCUGAAAUAUUCGCGAUGGUCUUUUUUCUGCUGAAUCCUUCUUGAAGCCAGCGAACGACGACUUGAGACCUCACCACCAGCGAGACCUUGCCCAUUUCCACGGUUCAGUUCACCGACAAAAUCAUUCGCAAUGGCCCCCAAGAAGUCCAAGUCUGACGCCCAGAGCAUUGGUGCCAAGCUUGCCCUUGUCAUCAAGUCCGGCAAGGUCGUCCUCGGCUACCGCAGCACCCUCAAGGCCCUCCGCUCCGGCAAGGCCAAGCUCAUCCUCAUCUCUGCCAACACCCCUCCCCUCCGCAAGUCUGAGCUCGAGUAUUACUCCAUGAUGUCCAAGACUGCCGUCCACCACUACACUGGCACCAACAUUGAGCUCGGUACCGCCUGCGGUAAGCUCUUCCGCUGCUCCACCAUGGCCAUCCUUGAUGCCGGUGACUCCGACAUCCUCGCCGACCAGCAGCAGUAAAUGCUGCGUCGAGUAUCAUCUUCUCGUUCGGCAUAGGAAUACGGCGUUCAGGCUUUGAAAAUCAUGGAAAAAUGGCAUGACGGCUUGAUGAACCGGAUCUGCGGCGGUGUCUACCGCUGUGCCUGAAUGGGCAGAGGUCUCGCCCCAGGGCAACUCUCAAUAGGCUAGUCCUUAAAAUAGAAGACGAGUCUAUCAAGAUACCCAAGUGUUGUCCAACGCUGUCUGAUCCCUUCUCCCAACGUGAUAUAUCCGAAUGUACGGUUUUCGACAAAGCGGCUUCGACCUUAACGUCUCCCGAGCGACAUUCGUGUCAGGAAAAGGAACAUGGCCAACCCCCCUCGAUUUCGUGUGUGAUAUGUUUCUGCCCCCAACUGACUAUGCGGUCCCUGAAGUUCACCCGAGUUUGACUCCUUCUCCA